CUGGCGUCGUUGCCGUCCGCUCCGUUGCUGCCCGCUGAGCCGAGGCGAAAGGCAGAUUUCGGCCGUUUAUAGCUUCCACAAUGUCGACUAAGAAUUUCCGCGUCAGCGAUGGGGACUGGAUUUGCCCGGACAAAAAGUGUGGAAAUGUUAACUUUGCUAGAAGAACCAGUUGUAACAGAUGUGGCCGAGAAAAAACCACAGAGGCAAAGAUGAUGAAAGCUGGAGGGACUGAGAUAGGAAAGACUCUUGCUGAAAAGAGCCGUGGCCUUUUCAGUGCUAAUGACUGGCAGUGUAAAACAUGUGGUAAUGUUAAUUGGGCCAGGAGAUCAGAAUGCAAUAUGUGCAACACUCCAAAAUAUGCCAAACUUGAGGAAAGGACAGGAUAUGGUGGGGGAUUCAAUGAAAGAGAGAAUGUUGAGUAUAUAGAACGUGAAGAAUCUGAUGGGGAAUACGAUGAGUUUGGUCGCAAAAAGAAAAAAUAUAGAGGAAAGCCAGUUGGUCCUGCAUCAAUCCUAAAGGAAGUUGAAGAUAAGGAAUCAGAAGGUGAAGAAGAGGAGGAUGAGGAUGGAGAUCUGUCAAAAUAUAAAUUGGAUGAGGAUGAAGAUGAAGAUGAUGCUGAUCUCUCAAAAUAUAAUCUCGAUGCCAGUGAGGAGGAAGAUUCUGCUAAGAAAAAGAAAUCCCAGAGUAGACGCAGCCGUUCUAAGUCGCGAUCUUCCCACUCACAAUCUUCAUCUCGCUCAUCCUCCCACUCAAGCUCAAGGUCCAGGUCCAGGUCAAGAAGCUCUUCCAGUUCAAGGUCAAGAUCUCGUUCUACUUCCAGGGAACAUUCUAGAUCUCGUGGGUCGAAAUCAAGAUCCAGCUCCAGGUCCUCAGGGGUUCAUCAACCCCAAGGAAAAGAUCUUACUCAAGCUCUCGUUCGUCCUCUUCCCCUGAGAGAAGCCGAAAGAGAAGUCGAUCUAGAUCUUCAUCUGGUGAUCGCAAAAAAAGGCGAACGAGAUCACGGUCACCUGAAAGGCAUCGCAGGUCUUCAUCUGGAUCAUCUCAUUCUGGAUCCCGUACAAGUUCUAAAAAGAAAUAAUAUAUUCAGAUUCACACUCAUACACAAAACAGUGCAUGAGACGUUUUUAAGAAGUUGGUGUCUUAUUUGGUCAGAAGUGCUAAAUCUGCUAGUAGAAGUGCAUGUUAAAUGGAGAACUGCAGCUAUUUUAAUUCAUAAAACAAAAAUAAUGAAGCAUUUUAAGCCAUAAAUUGACUCAGAAAAGGUGAGUAGUAUGGCUCUGUUUUUCUUUCAGAAACUGUAUGCCUGCUUGAUAUCUUAUUCAGCUGGACUUGAGAAUGUCAAGGUUCGAAUUUGUUAAUUACUUCUCUCUUGAGAGCUUUGUAUGGUCAACUCUUAUUUGUCGCUUAACAUCUGGUAGGUACAGAACUGCCCAGAUCAACAUAGAUGUGUUUAAUCAUCAGUUCCUCUCAUCCUUACAAGAAACAUAGAAAACAGAGUGACUAAAGAAUUAAUUCAUACACUGAUAAAAAAUACCUCUUCUCCAUAAGUAAGAUACCAGCAUGUCUGUUAGAUAAGCUGCCUUAUACAAUUGCUUGCAAAUUUGGCAACAGGUAAAGUUUUGAACGAAAGAGUACAUCUGUGAGUGCUUCUUAAUGGCAUGGUUUUGAAGAAACUUGAAAGAUGCAUAAGCUUCAGCUCUGUAAAUUAGGUCUUACCACAUUCUCAUUCAUAGUUGUGUGAUCUCUUUCGAACUCUUUAAUUCCUGGAAUCCAAAGAAAUGCAUCUGGUAUUCUGUGCACAACCAUGCUAUUCAGGUGACAUUUUCUAGCUCAGCCCCUUGAGUUGCUACUUCAUAAGACAGCUCUCAAUAAUUAUUCUCAUUGGUAUAAAAAGGUGCGGUCAGAAUGGAAAUUCAGUGUUCUGUGUCUCAGUAUGCAUGCAGGAACUUUGGAGCCCCCAGAAAUUGAGCAUCUAGGCAUAGUUACCGAAAUACAAGGAAGUAUUAAGAGAUCAAGAAUCACUUUUAUUCAGAUCUACUGGAGCCUUUUUGUAAAGGAAUUGGAAUGUAAUAUUGAAAUCAUUCACUGUAAGUCAAAUAAAAUUGAUUUCAGGCUGGCAGGAGCUUUGUUUCAGAUUCGUAACUUACAGCAAAUACAGACUUAAGCAUAAUUGUAAUCACAAAUCACUGCAGAUAAUUUAGUUAUACUAAUGUAUAUUUGUGUCUUAAAAUGCUUCAUGACGUUUGUUUUACUACCAGUACUUGUUAAAUACAGCCAUUUUUAAGCUCCAUUUGCUUGGGAGAAAUAUAUCCUCUUCACUGGCAUCCCAAGGUAAGUAUAUGAAAGGAGAGUAGUGUUUCUAGAAAAGAAGCAAUAUAUCUUCAGUUUUCAUAUUGAACAUUGCUUUGUAAAGCAAGCUGCACAAAGACAAAAUGGAUCAUACUAGUCUUAUGUUUUCCUCUUAAGAAUAUCCUACACUUCUUUUAGACUGAGAAAAGACAAAGCAAAAUGUUCCUUUUGCUGUAGAAGUGUUUUGGAUUAAUUUUGCAAAAACAAGUGCCCUGCAAUUUUUCCUUUAUUUCUUUCUCUUAACUAUCUGGGUUUUUAAAAAUUGCUUAACGUAGCAUAGAUUGCACAAGAACAAAUAGUCUCUUGUAACUGUGCCUCUGACUUCUUGAAAGUCUGUUUAUUAAAUUGUGAAAAUCUGACUUGCUAGAAGCUACAUGUUAAAGUUAGUUAUUCUUGUGCUUUGUAUUCCUAAGUAUUGUAACAGAUAGGUUUUAAACUUGGCAAGCAGUAUCUUAGAGAGAACUAUGGGAAAAUUAUGGUUUCAUUUGGUUUGGAUUAAAAUGUACUGGCUUGUUCUAUGAAGAUAUAAUUCUGUAGACAAGUGUAAAUAAAGCAUGUGAAUCAAAGAUAAAAUGUAUGUACGUAUUUGUUAAAUCACUAUCUGACCACAUUGCAGAGUUUACCAAUACAAACAAAGGCAACUAGAACUAGUUUGAGUUUUAGAUGUAUGCCCUUUUAUACUACGUGAAGGUUAUGGUCAGAUCACAAAUUAUAAUUUGUUCUCAAAAUAGCAUAUUAUAUAAGUGCAGUGUGCUGUGUACACAGUAAUCUCCAUAAGCAUUUUCUUGCAGUGUUUAAACACCCAAAGAUGAAAUAGCAUAGUCAUUUUACAGGACCAUAAAGUUAGGUUCCUAAAGAAAAUCUUAAAUAUAAAUUGUAUGUAAAGAGUGCUUUAGUAUUUUCUAAAGUAAUGCUUUAUUAUUGUCUGGCUCCGCUUCAUUGAAGAUUAGGCUGUUGUGGAGCUCGUAGAUCAACUGCAAUCCUAGGCACACUUCCUUUUGGAAUAAGUCCCAUUUCAAAUAAGUGGGACUUCUGAGUAUUCACAAGGUUUGAUUAACCAAGAUGGUGGGUUGCCAUGAUUCCAUGGUUGCACUGUGAGCUUUCUGGGCUUAAAAUGUCUGUCUUUGGAUUUACUGGCACAUUUUGAGCUUAAUAAAUGCUGAUCUUAAAAUUC